UGGAUACACAAUUUUAAAAGAUAUAAAGUGUGAAAUAAAUAGCAUAAAAUACAAUGGAGAGAAUUUUUUUGUUCUGUUUUUUUCUUUAGCUUUUUUUUUUUUUGAUCUUCUGCCCUUAGAUAUGAUCCUUUAUUUCUCACAUCUCCUUGGCUCUUUGUUCAAAUGUCACUUCAUUAGAGGGGUCUUCCACAUCACCACUUGAGGUUAUACUAUCUAUUUAUCCACGUUCUUUUUCUCAGGUGAACAUAACCACAAGGAUCGUCCCUUCCAUCAUAUUGCCAGUGCUAAAAACUGUACGAAAAAGAAAGGCCUCGCACAACAGUCACCGGCGUUUGGGCGGGAGCCUGUGCAGACGCGGCGGACAGAGCGCUGCAGACGGCCAGCGCGAGAGCAGCAUGUACCUCUGCUGGGGCGCCGGCUCCCGGGGGCUGCAGCGCCGGAGGGCGCCGGGCACCGGCGGCGCGGGGCUGCGGCAGGCGGCCAGCGGGGAGCGCCACGCGCUGCUGCUGCUGGCCAACCGCACGGUCUACUCGUGCGGAGACAACAGUCGGGGCCAGCUGGGCCGGAGGGGAGUGCAGAGCCGGGAGCGGCCAGAACCAAUUCAGGCAUUGGAAACUCUAAAUAUUGAUCUGGUGAGCUGUGGGAAGGAGCACUCCCUGGUUGUCUGCAACAAAGGAAGGGUCUUCGCCUGGGGAGCUGGUUCUGAAGGGCAGCUGGGAAUUGGAGAAUUUAAGGAAAUAAGUUUUACACCUAAGAAAGUCACAGCUCUGACUGGUAUAAAAAUAAUACAAGUUUCCUGUGGACACUACCAUUCCUUGGCAUUAUCAGAAGAUAGCCAAGUGUUUUCAUGGGGAAAGAACAGCCAUGGGCAGCUGGGCCUGGGGAAGGAGUUCCCUUCCCAAGCCAGCCCGCAGAGGGUAAGGUCCCUGGACGGGCUCCCGCUGGCUCAGGUGGCCGCCGGAGGGGCUCACAGCUUCGCCCUGUCUCUCUGUGGGACUUCGUUUGGCUGGGGAAGCAACAAUGCUGGGCAACUGGCCCUCAGUGGGAGUAACACCCCAGCACAAAGGUACAAGCCCCUGUCAGUUGGUGCCCUGCGGAACCUCGGUGUGAUAUGUAUCAGCUGCGGUUCUGAGCAUACUGCGGUGCUUACCCAGGAUGGGAAAGUAUUCACAUUUGGGGACAAUAGCUCUGGACAGCUGGGAUACAGCACCACUGCUGAGAACAGGGGUCCACAGCUUGUGGAAAAAAUUGAUGGCUUUGUUUCGCAGAUAGAUUGUGGAAGUUAUCACACUCUUGCAUAUGUGCACAGCACUGGUCAGGUAGUAUCAUUUGGCCAAGGACCACGUUGCACAAGCAAUCCAAUUCCUCCAGAGGCCCGGGCAGAGAACUUUGACAUCAGCUGCAUGGUCUCUGCUGAUGACCUCGUAGAUGUUCAAGUCAUGCACAUUUUUGCUGGAACAUAUGCCAACUUUGUGACAACUCAUCAGGAUACUAGCUCCACAGACGCUUCCAGGAAAACACUGCCAGAAAUAAGCCGGAUUAAUCCAUCCAUGCCAGAAAAAUGGAUGGCCGUGAGCAGAGGGAGUGCUCAACAUGAAACCGCUAAAAGUGAAAUUAGAACAAUAUUUUCAUCUCCUGCUUGUCUGACUGCCAGUUUUUUAAAGAAAAGAGAACCUGGAGAAAUAAUAUCCAUUGAUGUGGACUUACAGAUGGCAAGAGCUACCUUUAAGAAGUUAACAAGAAAGGAAUGGAUUCUCUCCAUGAUAACUGCAUGUCUCAAGGACGAUCUGCUCAGAGCUCUUCCAGGCCGUUCUCCACACCGAGAGGCUCUGUCAGUUUUCCUUCUGCUCCCAGAGUGUCCUGUGAUGCAUCAUUUUGAUAACUGGGAGAGCCUGGUGGUUCCAUUUGCAGUGGCUGUUUGUAAAAUGAGUGACCAGUCUUUACAGCUCCUGAAGAAGUGCUGGGCAUCUUUGGAAGAGUCUUCCCUGAAGAGGCUGGUUCAGAUGCUUAAGUCCGCUAUUGUCUCUCAGCUGCAUAAAUGGACUGAUCUGAACUUCAGUCAGCACAAUUGUAACAUCAAAGCUCUUCUAGGAAUGAUGAAAGAAGUGCAUAAGGUAAACAAAGUUAACUGUCGACUGCCAGAAAAUACUUUCAACAUAAAUGAACUCUCCAACUUAUUGAACUUUUAUUCAGAGAGAGGAAGACUGUUCCGUCGGGAUAACGACUUGCUACCUGAAGGAAACUGCAGUCCUGUUAUUUUCAGUGAUUUUCCAUUUAUCUUUAAUUUGCUAUCUAAAAUUAAAUUAUUCCAAGCUGAUUCACAGAUAAAGAUGCUGGGGUUAAAAGAGAUGGCAUGCCUGAAAUUGAACCAAGUGAUCCUGCAAAAAAUGGAUGAAUUUCCUCCGUCACCCAGAUUUAUAAUUAGAGUCAGACGAAGCCACCUGGUUGAAGAUGCUCUACGUCAGUUAAGCCAAGCUGACGGCACUGACCUUUGGAAAAUACUAGUGGUUGAAUUUAUUAAAGAAAUUCGUCCUGAGAGUGGAGGGGUCUGUUCAGAGUUCUUUCACUGUAUGUUUGAAGAGAUGACAAAGCCAGAAUAUGGAAUGUUCAUGUAUCCAGAAAAGGAUUCGUACAUGUGGUUUCCUGUCAAACCUAAAUUUGAGAAGAAGAGAUACUUUCUCUUUGGAAUUCUGUGUGGACUCUCCUUAUUCAAUUUCAAUGUUGCCAACCUUCCUUUCCCAUUGGCUCUGUAUAAGAAACUUCUGAACCAAAAACCAUCACUGGAAGACUUAAAAGAACUCAGUCCUGUUUUGGGGAAGAAUUUGCAAGAAGUUCUAAAUGAUGACGGUGAUGACAUUGAAGAAGUACUUGACAUACAUUUUUCUAUACAUUGGGACCAAACUAAUGUUGACUUAAUUCCAAAUGGGAACUCUGUACCUGUGAACCAAACCAACAAGAGAGACUAUGUUUCUAAGUAUGUUGAUUAUAUUUUCAACAUCUCUGUAAAAACAGUUUAUGAGGAAUUUCAGAGAGGAUUUUAUAAAGUCUGUGAUGAAGGGCUAAUUAGACGUUUCCAGCCUGAAGAACUAAUGGCAGCAAUAAUUGGAGAUACUGAUUAUGACUGGAAGCAAUUCGAACAGAAUUCAAGUUAUGGUCAAGGAUACCACCCAACACAUCCUACUAUACUGAUGUUUUGGAAGGCUUUCCACAAACUAACUUUGGAUGACAAGAGAAGAUUUCUCCUUUUUCUUACAGGACGUGAUAGGCUGCAUGUGAGAGGCUUACGGGAAGAGGGAAUAGUAUUUCGCUGUCCUGAAACUUUCAGUGAAGGUGAUCACCCAAGAUCGGUGACUUGUCAAAAUAUUCUGGACCUCCCUAAAUAUUCUACAAUGGAAAAAAUGGAGGAAGCACUUCAAGUAGCCAUCAAUAGCAACAGAGGAUUUGUUUCACUGGAUUUCUAAUCCAGUCACCUCCAGGAGUCCCAGGAAAGGCUCCCUCACCCUCGGAUUCUUCUGUUCUUCAUACAUCUCAUUAAUACAAGGGCUUGAUGGAUUUUAGUUAGAAUGAGUUGACAUGGGGUAGGAGUACAGAGAUGAUGGUCAAAGGGUACAACGUUUCAAUUAGGAGAGUUCUAUUGCAUAGCAUGAUGAAUAAAAAUUAACUUAUGUA